AUGUUCGGAGCAUUUAGAGCAACCAUGGUAGCUUGUGGUGGUUUAUUAUGGAAAAAUCCUUCAAACAUGAGUAGAACGCGUAAAGCUAAUGUACGUAAACGUUUAAGAGCUGUAGAUACUGUCAUUGAAGCUGUGGCGAAAUCAGGCGUUAAAUGUAAAGCUUUGGAUUACGCUCGUUCAUUACCUAAAGAAUCAGAAAUGACUCCUCGUGAUAAAUAUACUGUCUUUAGUAGAAAACAUAAAGGUUAUAGAAAAUCAUUACAUAAAGUACCAAAAUUCACCAAAGUUACCAUAAGAACAACACCUCCUGAACAAAUUACAAAUCAAAUUAUGAAUAAUUCUACUCUAAUUGGUGCGCCAUUAAUAUUCUUUGUCGUUCCUACCACUUUGAUUACCGACCCAUUAUGGACAAUGAAAUCCUCAGCGUUAUAUCAGGAUUCCAGCGUUCUUAUUUAUACCGUUCGGGCUGAUGAUACAUAUUCGUACUUCGUACUAACAACAUCACAUCUAAUUAUUAAUAUGUCAACUGUUAACGAAGGGUUAUUUCAUAUUGGUAACUGGAUCAUAACAUCGCAACUGCCUUACGUCGAACAUAUGGCUCUCACAGAAGAGCCUACCGAGACAUCAAUGAAAUCUUGA